AUGUGCGAGAAAUGGUGGCGCCAGUAUAACCAGACCGUUUUCCAGAUUAAGCUAGGCAACACCCGGGCCGUGGUGGUCAACUCGUUUGACGACUGCAAGAAGAUGCUCCUAGGCAACCAGAGUGCUGUCAUCGACCGACCCAAACUAUACACCUUCCAUGGCGUCAUCAGCAGCACCCAGGGUUUUACCAUCGGCUCAUCUCCCUGGGACGAGUCUUGCAAGAAGAAACGCAAAGCGGCCGGCACGGCGCUGGGCCGGGCGGCGCUACGCAGCUACUUCCCUAUGUUUGACCUUGAGAGCUUCUGUAUCGUACGUGACAUAAAGGGCGAUAGCCGCAACGGCGAGCUCGAGAUCGAUGUACGGCCGUAUAUCCAGCGCUACGCGCUCAACACCAACCUAACGCUCUGCUACGGUAUCCGUAUGGACGAGGUCUACGACGAGCUACUAUGCGAAAUCAUACAGGUCAGCUCCGCUAUCUCGCUCCUACGCAGCGCAUCCGAAAACCUACAGGACUAUGUGCCCUUGCUACGCUACCUACCUAAUAACGAGAAGAACGCACGAUCCCAGGAGCUACGUGACCGCCGCGACGCCUACCUGAACCUACUGCUAGAUAAGGUCCGCGAUAUGAUUAAACAUGAGGUCGAUAAGCCCUGCAUCUCGGCGGCCAUUCUUAAGGAUAUAGAAAGCAAGCUCGCAGGCGUCGAAGUCUCGUACCUAACGUCGUGCAUCGGUUCUCUGUGCACGCCUGAGGGCCAGGUUCGGCAGGACCGCGCGUAUAAGGACAUAAGGCGCCAAUUCCCAGACAUACGUGAUGCCUGGACAGCCUCCUUCGUCGAGGAGAAGAUACCGUACAUCAACGCCAUCGUCAAGGAAGCCGGCCGGUACUACACCGUCAGCUGUAUGAGUUUGCCGAGAAAGACAGUCACCGAGGUCAACUGGAACGGGGCCAUCAUCCCGGCUAAGACAAUGGUCCUAAUUAAUGAAACAUUGUCUUAG